CGCUGCAACCACAAACCCACAAGGAUUUACGACGAUGCAUACAAGCCAUGCUUCACAUCAGAGUAUGAGGAAAAAUACCCCCAUUAUGGCAACACCUGCCCUCCCAGGAGCUGUAAGCCAGAACAACAGUACCAAAUGCAUCGUGGGAGAAUGGAAGGAUGCACAACGUUUAUGUCUGAUUAUGUACCAUACAAUGUUGUGAAGAGACCUCCUAGGAAACAAGAAGAAUAUAAACCGAAGCCAGGAAAGAUUGAUCUGGGAACCACAUACCAGAGAGAUUAUAAUGCUCAUGAAACAGGACCACUGAUAUUGGCAAGGCCCCUAGAGAGAAAACACACUACAGGAGGAAAAAUGGAUACCAUACCAACUUAUCGAGAUGACUAUAGGUUAUGGAAAAUUAAAAGAAGGGAACCCUGUACAACUGAGCGUGUAUACCAGCCACCUACAGAGAAGUUUGGAAAUCCUACUACAUUUCAAGAUUGCUAUAGUCCUAAGGAACUGAAUCCCACACAAAGUUUUAAACCUAUUUGGGUAGCCAAGCCUCCAGAUGUGCCUUUUGAUGGUGUCACAAGCCAUCGCACUGAUUACACCGUUCAUCAGCUGGAACCAAAAUUCCUAAGACCCAAAGAAAAGUACAAGCCAAGUGAGAAGCCCUUUGAAGACCUCACAACCCAUCGGUCUGAUUUCAAAGGGAUACCUGGGCAAACUGCAAAAAGCUGCAAGCCUGGAAAUGUGAAAGUGGGAUCCAAUGCUCGUUUUAAUGGACUCACUGAAUUCCAGGAUCGUUAUCAGCCAUGGCCGGUCUCCUUGCCUGAGGUCCACAAAACAAGGGAGUAUGUUCCACCCACAGGCAAGAUGGAUCUCAACUCCACAAACCACCUUGAUUACAUUGCACAUAAGAUUUCUCCUGCUCUCCCCAUAAGACCAGUUGAAGAAAGAAGAAUCAGUGACCCUUUUCAAGGGACCACUACUACAAAAGAUGACUUUAGACCUUGGCGCAUCUGCCGGCGUGAGAUGACUAAGAAAGAACAGGAAAUCGAAAAACCCACAGGAAAAUUUUGUGAUUUAACUACAUUCAGAUCUCAUUACAUACCACAUCAGGCCAUGCCAGCAAAAAGUUGCAAACCUGUAUGUGCUAUAGAUCCUAAUUCAGCUCCUUUUCAAGACAAAACUACUUAUCGCACAGAAUAUAUUCCAAAGAAGAAAACUACCUGUCCAGCAAGCCUUGACUUGCCUCCAGGCUAUGUCUAUGAAUACACAGAUUCUGACGGUCACCAAUUUUUCCACCAGUCGACUCCAGAACACUCUGUGUCAAACAGUAAUCCUCCACCAAAGCAAGUAGCUGUUGUGUCAUAA